AGUAAUAGAUAACACUGAAGACAUGAACCACAUCAACAGAAAUGUGCUGGAUCGCGGCCGGCUGACACAUCAGGUGCUAAAGAGCACUCCUCUGGAUCUCAUAGAGACGGGAAAGGGGCUGAAGGUUCAGGCAGAGUGCCCCCAUCUGGUCAGUCUUGGGAGCGGUCGUCUCAGUACCGCCAUUACGCUGCUGACUCUGCCCGACGGAAAGACUACCCUGGGACAUGGAACAGUGGACAUCAACAUACAGGGUCCUGGAGUGGCAGCGCAGCAUUGCUUCAUUGAGAACAAGGCUGGAGUAAUUACCCUGCACCCUUGUGGGAACCAGUGCCUCAUGGAUGGACUGCCAGUCACCAAACCUGUACGCCUUUCUCAAGGCUGUAUGCUGUGUUUUGGCCAAUCGUCCUUCUUUCGCUUCAACCACCCUGAGGAGGCCUUCAGAAUGAAGAGCAUGAGGCCGGAGGUUCAUCACAGAACCAACGCAAAAACAAAUUUGGAUAGCAUAGUCAAUGGGAACCACCAGACCGGAGACCCUGAGUCUCACCCCGCCCAUCACGACAGAGUACGACCUGAACCCAGUGCUAUUGUCAGUUCCAUUGAGAAGGACAUUCAGGACAUUAUGGACUCCCUAGGUAUGGAUGACCCCCAACCCUCCUCCUCUAGUGAGCCCAAAAAGCCUCCUGGUUGCCCUUCUGCCCAGUCUCCGCUGUCCCCAAUGUUAAACGGCGGUGGCCGCUAUCUUCUGUCUCCCCCAAUGAGCCCUGGUGCUAUGUCAGUGGGCUCCAGUUAUGAAAAUAACUCUCCACCCUUCUCCCCCCUGUCUUCACCAUCAGCCGCAAGUACCGGCAGCUUUACUAGUCCUUCACCUAGUGGUUGUCAGGAUCAGAUUCCCUCUCUACCUCCGGUGCCGGUUAGAUCAUCUAGUUAUAAUUACACCAGCCAGCCCCCCAUACCUCAGCCUCGUACCAUUUUGCCCAACCAAAAGGUGCCAGAGAGCCCCCGCCUUCAGCGAAAGGCUCUAUUGGAAGCUCCACCAAGUCCCAAACCAUCUCGCAGGGCGUUAAGUCAUGAUAGUCCUGUAGGAAAGUCUCCUGACAGUCCCACACUGCCUUCAGUUUCAGGAUAUCCGGCAUCCAUCAAUUCACAAUCUAUCAGACUAGCAGUGCCAGCGAGUCCCAAACUGAGUUCCAAGUUUACCACCACGCCACCAUCUCCCUCUCCCUGCAGUCCCAGGCUCAAGGUGACCACCAGUCUUCAAGAACGCUCAUCCAGCCCCUUCCGUGAUAAAUCCCAGCCAGAUUGCUUAUUUACUUCAAGCCCUUCCCAGCCUCUUUCUCCCCCACCUCGGACAUUUCAGCCACCUCGGACAUUUCAGCCACCUCUGGACCCAAUCGUUCACAUCAUCCAGGGCGGGACCCCACAACCACACUCCCUUCAACCUCCAGAGAGUCCUCGGCUGGCCCGCAGGAGCCCAGAGACCAACGCUGGCAACAUAAGAGAUUUGCCCCCUCUUAGCCCUUCCAUGGCACGUAAAGGAGUGCCAGUGCUGCCUGGGGCACUCCCAGGAACCAUCCCGAACCAGGUCCCGGAGAGCUUUUCUGUCAAGCUGGUUCCAGAGAGCCCCAGGUCCAAGCGCAGAACAGCCUCAUCCUCUCAGGAGCCUUACAGCCCACGAAUGCAUGGGCGUAGUCCCUCACCCACCUCCGGACUGACCGAGAACGGUGGACGCAAAGGUAGCUUUGGGAAUACCCUGUCUCCUGCAUACAGUCUGGGUUCCCUGCCCGGAUCCUCACCUCUAGCAAGCCCUAGGACUCACAGAAAGAUGUCAGCAGGCCACAGGGACCUACGGAUCGGCCACCCAGGCAUGAGGGAGCGGAAAAACAGCAUCACAGAGAUCAGUGACAAUGAGGACGAACUUCUGGAAUACCACCGGCGUCAGCGCGAGGAGCGGCUCAGGGAGCAGGAAAUGGAAAGACUGGAGCGGCAGCGACUGGAGACCAUCCUGAACCUCUGUGCCGAGUACAAUAAGGGCGAUGGGCCAUGCAUGGCGGGCUACUCCGGGCCCUCGGAAACUCGGAGGCCGAGAGAGCUGGACGAGGACAAUCUCAGAGAGGAAUGCAGCAGUACAGAGAGUACGCACCAGGAUGCUAUGAGGACGCCGCACAGUUUUCAAAACGGAGACGCGACACAGAUGGAGGACGUAUCAGGCAGUAGAUCUAGACUGGAGCUGGGUUAUCUGGAGGAGGAGCGGGUGCGAGUGCUGGCCAGGGUGGACGAGCUGAAGGCUCGGUUCACAGAGCUGGAACAGCAGCUUCAGGAGAACAAGCAGGAGGCGGAAAUGGAGCGGGCACUGCUGCAGGGUGAGAGGCAGGCGGAGCUGGGGCAGAUCGAGGCCGAGACUGACAUAAUCAACCAGUUGCAGCACAAGGUCAGCGAACUAGAGAGCGCCAUCCAGAGGGAAAAGGACAAGGAGCGGGCGAAUGUUGACGCCAAGCGGGAAGCCCUGGAGAGGCUUCAGGACGGCUACAAUGAGCUGAAGAACCAGCUUCAUAACUGCCCUGAGUCUCUAAGGGAGCAGUUACAGGAGCAACUCAAAAGGGAAGCAGAGACGCUGGAGGCGGAGACGAAGCAGUUCGAGGACCUGGAGUUCCAGCAGUUGGAGAAAGAGAGCAGUCUGGAGGAGGAGCGGGAGACCAUGACCCAGCAGCUCCUGCAGGAGAAGGGACAGUAUCACAGCAGCAUGGCCAAAAGGAAGGAGAAGGUGGCAGCGCUGGAGAAGCAGGCCAAUCAGCUGGGUCUGCAGGCUGCACAGGAGUCUGAAAAACUGACCAAGGACAGAAGCGUCACCCUGCAGAUGCUGCAGAAGGAGAAGGAGAGACUCGCUGCUCUGGAGAAGAGAUACUUCAGCCUGACUGGAAGCAGAACUUUUCCUAAAACCUCCAGCACAAUGAAGGAGGACUUUGUUACCGCCGGCCACUCGAACCAGAUCUAUGGGAUGCCAAAGGUUGACUCCUCCCCCACUUCUCCUGGCCAAUCGCGCCGGCCUCCUCUCCCUGAGCUCGCCUUUUGCUGCCCUCCCUCUCCUCAUGGCUCCUCCCUUUCUCUUUCCUUUGAGCCGGACUGGCACAGGCCUCAAAUCUCCAGGCUAGAUUUAGAUCGCUGGUACCAGGAGGUGAUGGUAGCUGGAGGUGCCAGUUUGCUGAGCCCACAAUCUCCCAAAGCAAACGCUGCGUCGGCUCGCAGACCUCUGCAGGUGUACCGCUCCAGGUUGGACAGCGAUACCAGUCAGUCCUCACAGAAGCCGAAAGUCAGCGCCGGCCUUUCGCCCACAUACGCCUCUGCGACCCUCGGCCGCAACACUCCCUCCAGGAGCCCUGUCAUGGUGGUUGGCAGCACUGGCAGUUUACCACGCAACCUGGCUGCCACCUUACAGGACAUAGAGAUGAAAAGACAGCUGGCCCUGCAACAGAAAGACUUCCUCCCAUCGUCACCCGAGUCCUCCCCCACCACGGACAGACCCAAAGGUCAGCAGGUGAUCGAGGCGCAGCGGCGACGUCUGGCCGAACUGAAGCAGAAAGCUGCAGCUGAAGCCCAGUGCCAGUGGGAGGCGCUACACGGCUCCCACACUCAGUUCAGCAUCUCUCCGGCACCUGCGCUGGUUCAUCACUCCAUCCUUCACCACACAGCGCCCUCCGCUGGAGACGACAACUACGACACGCUCAGUCUGGAGAGCUCGGACAGCAUCGACACCAGCGUCUCCACCGGCAACACCUCGGCCUGCUCGCCGGAUAACAUGUCCAGUGUCAGCGGUAUGAACGCGCUAAAAAUCGAGGAGAUGGAGAAGCUCCUGAAAGAAGCUCAUUUUGAAAAAGCCAGACUCCUCGAGUCCAAAGAGCGAGAGAGCCAGGCUCGCAGGCAGCUGCUGGAGGAGGAGAGGAGGAGACGGGAAGAGGCUGAGAAGAGGCUGCAGGAGGAGACGGUCCACCGGCAGCAGCUGAUCGAGAAGGAGGUGAAGAUGAGAGCCAAGAACUUCUCUCAGGCUCGGCCCAUGACGCGCUACCUGCCCAUCCGCAAGGGGGAGUUCGACCUGCGCUCACACGUGGAGACCUCGGGCCACAACGUGGAUACCUGCUACCACAUCAUCAUCACCGAGAAGAUGUGCAAGGGUUACCUGGUCAAGAUGGGUGGCAAGAUCAAGUCGUGGAAGAAGCGCUGGUUUGUCUUCGAUCGCCUCAAACGCACGUUCGCCUACUACGCUGAUAAGCAUGAGACCAAGCUGAAGGGAGUGAUCUACUUCCAGGCCAUAGAGGAAGUUUAUUACGACCAUUUACGCAGUGCUACAAAGAAAGGCUUUUUCAACCUCAACCUGACGAGUAGUCCCAAUCCCUCUCUGACGUUCUGCGUGAAGACCCACGACAGACUCUACUACAUGGUGGCUCCGUCUGCAGAAGCCAUGAGGAUAUGGAUGGAUGUGAUUGUAACGGGAGCAGAGGGCUACACGCAGUUCAUGAACUAAAGACUGGACGAAAUGUUCAAGUGGAAGGAUCAGGGAAACUUCAGAUCAAUUCUUCUCCUGUUUACUGGCCCGGUCGUUUCCAAUCAAGAGGAACAGUUUGUAUUUUAUUUUGUAUUGUUUUUUCGUUCUUUUUUUAAAUUAGUUGUAUAUUCAGUUCAUCUGUACAGAUACACACAGUUUUUUUUUACACCUUAAAUAGUUCUUACAAGUCAAACUAAUCAGAGAUGCAAACUAUCAUUGUUUUUGUGUAUUUUUUGGGCAUCAGAGAUCCUUCGAUGGUAUUUUGAUUCUUUCGGUUUGCAUGACUCGGCUGUUCCUCAGCUAUUCUACAUUACUAGGUGUUCAUGUUUUUUAGAAGUGUUUUCUGUGCUUCAGGUGUAAUGUUGCCAAAUCUCUGACUUUGUGGCUUUGACUGACUGAUGAUCAGAGCUAAUAAUUAUACAGGUCGCACAUGUAGAGAUGAAAAUAUAUAUCAGUAAAUAUAUUAGUAUGUAUAUCAAAUGUUUCUAUCAAGAGUUUUUAGAAAAACAUCCGGUAUGACUGAACCGAAAACCUCGAUCACCAAAGCUCAGAGGCUCCUGCCCCCCAGUGUACGUGUAAUACUGAGGCCCUUAUUUACAAAGAUUGUGCUUGUGUACAAAGUGUCUGUCAAAGUGUUGAACUGUUUUGUCUGUUGCGUGUGUUUGCUGUCUUGGUUGUUACUUAAAAGUUUAGGGUACAGGGUGAAGUUGGAGCAAAUCGAUUAAUUUAGCUCCUAUAUGUUUACCUACAAAGUAUAAGCAUAUUUCCGAGAAUUAAUAAAAUAAAAUUGGAAUUAAGGGCACAUAAGGGCAGGUAAUAAUCUGAUGUGCAAGUAGGCUUGCCAUGAUUCUGAAAUUUUUGCUUAAGAUUACAAGAUUUUAUUAACAAAAAUGUAUGAAUGUAUGAAGAGCUCCCUCUUGUGGAGAAACUCCCACCUGGAAAAACUGAGUAAAUAAGCGCAGUCCAUAAGUUAGGUCCAUAUAAUAGUCCAUAAUUAAAAUAUUAUAAAUUAAUGAUUUAAUAAGGUUAGAAGUAAUUAAUUGCUAAUAAAAUCUGGCAGCAAUGCCAGCAGUAAAAAUUUAGCGAGACUGGCGACAAAUCAUGAUUUAUUGCUGACUGGCUUAUGCUCAAUGUGUGACUUUUUUUUUUUUUUUCCAUAUUUAACGAUAAUAGAUUCUAUUUUUUUAAUUUGAGGAGUUUUGAGUUCUCUCAAGAUCUUGCCUGGCAGUUGUAGCCUAGUGGGGCAAGUACUGGACUAAUAAUCCAAAGGUCACUGGUUAAAGCCCCACCACUGCCAGGUUGCCACUGUUGGGCCCUUGAGCAAGGCCCUUAACCCUUAAUUGCUUAGAAACUAUGAUGUCAUGGUACUGUAAGUCGCUUUGGAUGAAAGCGUCUGCUAAAUGCUAAAUGAUUUUAGCUAGCUCACUAAAAUCAUAAGAUUUUCACAAUCGGUAAGAAUACCGAGUGAUAAACCUUGAUGAUCCCAGUUUAAAUCUCACCCUGGACAAUUACUCAAACUCUGAAAUUAAUUCUAUUUAGGGCAGUUGUAGCCUAGUGGUUAAGGUAAUCAGAAGGUUGCCACUGUUGGGCCCUUGAGCAGGGCCCUUAACCCUCAGUUGCUUAGAUUGUAUACUGUCACAACUGUUAGUUGCUUUGGAUAAAAGCAUCUGUUAAAUGCCGAAAAUGUAAACUAUAAAUCGACCUUUCAAAUAUCUUUGAAAUGCCGUGAAAAAUGUCUUUUAUUAAAGUAUUCUCCACACAACCACUUAUCGUACACAGUUCUGUGUCUUGUUGCGCUCAUGAAUCAGUGUUUUGUUAACAGAUUUGUAAAUCAGGGCCUCAUUGUAACAAGGGUAAAUGAUAAAAUACGGUAGUCGAGUCUUUUUGCCAAGACUAAAAAUGUGAGUUUUCUUCACUGCCACCUGAAGUCUGAGUGAACAAAACAAUCAAACAAACAAGACAAACUUUUCAAGCCUCAUAAAACCGAUGCAAAUCAUUCAGUGCCUUGAUUUCCCUACAUUUCAUCACUGCGACUACCUGCAGGACCCAAACUAUAUAACGAAAUAUUGUUUACGUUUUGUAUACGUUUCUAUUCUCAGUCGGAUCAGUCUGAUGUAUGGAGGAAAAGCGAUGUGUGGUUCUAAAAGAUGCCGUAUCAGCUUUAAUAUGAUAUUUAAAAUGCUAAAUGAGACUGGAUUCAGUUUCACUACUUUUUUUCUUUUCUUUAGUGUUUUUUUUUUUUUCAGCUGGUCAUGUGUAACCUGAGAUCCUGUUAGACUUCCACCAGGCUGAACUAUGCUGUGAUUUUUUUUUAUGUGACUUGUUUUGUUUGUGUAACAACUAUUCAACACGGCCGUCACACUUUCCCCCCUGAAAUUCCUCCGUGUAUUCGAGCGGCGGCCAAAUACACUGACUCAGCAUUUCUACUGAUCCUGAUUAGUUUGCCAAUGUUUGAUGUCCGAUAUUUCACCAUGGCUGGAUAAAGAACGUGAAUACAUCUCAUCUCUGUCACACACACACACACACUCAUGCUGACUCUACACUAUGAUGGUACUGUUCAUGUGGCACUUUGGAUGGACUUUUCCAGAUUUAUUAAAAAGAAUAAGAAACACCCA